AGAAGCAGGCAGAAAUGUCCCCACCCUCCAUAGGUGAUUAGAGAAAAAAAUUUAAUUUGAAUUAAACGCUCGGCUGGAUCGUCUCGAAAGAAAAGUUUUCAUUUAUUUGAAAAUUAUCAGACUAUUUGAUAAACAUGGAGGCAAAGGAUAGUAAAAUUGAGUAUCCGCCAGCAGCAACACCCUUGCAUUUGGCUGUUAGCGCAAAUGACUACAAAUUGGCUGAAAAUUUAAUAAAAGAAGGAGCUGAUGUCAACGCAAUGGGUCUUUAUCCCUUGUGGGGACGUUCUGGUGUUUGUUGCUCGCCACUGCACAUCGCGGCGGACAAGGGGUACAAAUCAUUAGUAGAAUUACUGAUCAAGCAUAAGGCAAACGUGGAUUACAGAACUACCACUGGAGAAACAGCUUUCUAUGUAGCUAUGGUUGAUAUUAAUCAUGAAAUAGUUGAUAUUUUAGUAGACGCAGGCGCCAGCGUUAAUAUUCAUGAUGAUGAAUUAUCUUCUGCACCUGAUCUGCAACUUCCUAAUGGUUUAUUUUAUCGCUCUAUAAAAAAGAAAUUUAGUCUUUGCAAUUAUUGUAUGGCAUUUUUUAUGUUGAUACUUAUUACUUUAUUUGUAUAUGUAUUUAUUUAUAUAAUACCGCGCCGCGCCCUGUCUGAGAAUAUUGAUAAUGAAAAGAAUAAUAAACAGUGAAAUCCAAAUUCUUUUUAAUCAGUAUUUUU